CCCAGUGUAGGUGGUAGAGAAGGGCAGCGAUGUCUCGAAUUGACCUCUCUCACUCAGUCAACAGAAAUUUGUUGACCUGUUGUAACUUGUAGGAGUCCGAGACUGAUUAAUUUGUCAUAAGUCAGAGGUAUCAACGAUGUACCAGUGUUUCACAAACUAUAUAUUACCACCGGUUUCUCACGGAUUUCACCGUUAAUUUCAUUUCACCGCCUUUAAACACAACGGCAAAACGGACGGGGCCGAAUUAAUUGGGCUAAGACAUGAAACACGGAUUAUUUAUAAGGUUAACGACUUCUGAAAACAAAUCCUCCGAUGUUUCUUAAAAAGGGAUACAUUUGAGAAAUGUAGGAUGACAACUUGGGCGGAAAGGAUGCAUCGUCGAGCUGCAACGUUUAGCAAUGUCGUCACAUCAUGUGGACAACCCAACGUCCACCCAUAUCCAAGAAGGCUUGAAAAGGUCAAAUUUGGUGUGCCGCUUGAUGAAGUCUGUAAAAAUGACAUUCCUGGACCUUUACUGGUUUUGGUACUGAAAUUGAACAAAGAGGCUCCAAUUAAAAAGGAUGUGUUCCGAGCCCCAGGUCAUCAAGGUAACAUGAAGAAACUGGUCCAUUUCUUACAAACUGGAAGACUUGUGAAUAUGGACAACUAUUCUGUUUAUACUAUUGCAUCAGUUUUGAAAAAAUUUUUGAGGAAAAUUCCCGGCGGGAUAUUUGGAAGAGCUAAUGAACAACAUUUAUUUACGAUAGUUCAAAUGGAAAACAUGGAAGAACAGAGAGAUGAAAUUCACAAGUUAAUAACAUCACUUCCUUCAUACACACAACGCUUGUUAGUCCUUUUAUUUGGUACUUUUCAAGUAAUUGCUAGUAAUGCGGAGAAAUUUAAUACGGGGAUGACCUCUGAGGCUUUAGGUGUUUCUGUUGCUCCGAGCUUUUUCCAGAGUUGUGUAUCUGAUGGGAAAACAGCCAAAAUGGAAGAUGUCCUUAGGUUCAAAGCUGAAGUUCAUGUCGCAACUCGGAUAAUGAAACUUCUCAUAGAUAAUUUUGGGGCUUGUGACUUGUUUGGUAGACCCAAUUAUGAAUUUUAUGCCCGCAUAACAGGGAGAAUAUUGAAAGUGGAAGAUGACUGGAUUUUCAGUUUCCGUUACCCACCUGAAAUUUUUGCUCGUCAGCUGUCAUCAGAAAAUGAAAAGACUUGCCUUCAGUACGAAUGUGAAAGAUGGGGCUUGAAAUUCAACUUAGAAACAAUGUCUCACCAAGAGGAAAGCCAAUCUACACCAGCUUUAAUCCACCUACCAGAUCUCGAUAACGGUGCUUCCAGUUCCUUAGGUAUUAUCCCUGAAAAUAAUCUAUUGGAAAGUUGUACCAGGCUUUCUAUCAGUCUAGAAGAAAACGGUUUAUUCAAGGGUUCUAGCAGGUCUUCCUCAAGCAGUGCUUCAGCACAUCACAUGACCCUUGAGGAGUUAAAAGCAGUAAACAGAUAUGCCGAGAGUACAAAAAGUCUCACCUAUCUACCUCAGGUCCAUGAAAGACAAACUGCCAGAAUGAGAACAAGAUCUGAAUGGUUUUUGAAUCCUGGGUAUAGACUGGCCUCAUCGAUGGAUAGUGACCCAACUUUACAUGUUCUCAGAGGAUCUAACAACUUUACAUCUUCUGGGAACAUUGGUGGUACUGGCUUGAGUGCGAGUGCUGAGUCGGUGUCAAAAAGGUCCUGUGUCCGUAGGAAUUCAAGCCGGUCGAGGCACAAUAGACCUUCUUCUCGGAGGAACAAAGAAAAUGGCAACAAGUCUAUCCCAAAAUCUCAACACAGUCAAGAUGGAUCUCAGCCUAUUCAAAUCAGUGUAACAUACAAACCAAGGAUAUAAAUACAUACCAAAGAUGGCUUACUUUAUCGUGAAAAUAAUUGCUUUACAUGUUCACUACGGUGCACAUACUUCAACCCAUCACUUAUGAAUGGCCGUUUAUCAAACGAAACAGGAAUACGAAAAUAGUUCAAUUUUUGUUAUGUAUUUUUUUGCCUUCUUCAUUUAAUAUUUGAGACAAACACAAAUUUGAAGUGUGUUGCUUCUAGAUAAAUGGUAAAAAAAGCUUUUAUCUUAAUGACAAUUCAUUAAAAUCUUAUAUUUAAAAAUAGGAGCAUUUACACAAUACACACAAUUUUGAAGAAUCUACAAGACAUGACAAAGAAGAACGGAAAUUCAAAUUAUUUAUUUAAUUAAAUAAUAAAUAUCUAUAUAUUGAAGAACAUUAACAUGUUUAAAGUUGGAACAAUAUAAUGUAAUGUACUUCUUAAAAAUGCUCAUGUUUUGGUCUUAAAAACAAAAAUUUGCUCCAAUGUAAAUUGAGGGUUGAAUGUUUAUUGAGAAAAGAAAAGAAAAAUUAUAAGAUGUGGUUUGUGACUACUUCACUUUUGAACCUUGACAUAUCUAGAAAAUCUGGAAAAAGUUUUGCCAUUAUGACGAAAACCUGUAUUGAACAUGUUAAAAACAGAAAAAUAUUGCCUAGUCAGGAUGUUACAUUAUUUAAUUUUGUUAAUUGAAAAUUUAAUUUAUUUACUUGCUAAUCAAUGUACACACACAACAUGUUAUGUCUUAAGUUUAGUGUUUUAAUAAAGAAUAAUUUUGUUUGAAUGUUGAUAGAUGAACACCAUAGAUAUAUUCUGUUCUACGAAAAAAGACUUGUGUGCUCAAACUUUUGUUGUUAAAAAGGGCCUGAGAAUACAACAUUAUGAGAAUAUUAUUCGCAAUAUCUUUCCAUGUGUGUGUAUUUUAAAGAACAUGUUAAACUAACGAAGUCAUUGUUUUGUAAAAAAUAAAACUUGCCAAUUCGUUAGAGUGAAUGGCUAUCUUUUUUAUUUUAUUAUAUUUAUGGCCUAUAGCUAUGAAACAUUAAUUUUAAUAUUUCGUAUUUUGUAAUAAUAUUAUACAGUGCGAUAUGUGCAGUUAAUUGUAUAAUUAUUUAAUAUUUUCGCCUUUUGUAAAUACCUCUUGUAACAGAUUUUUUUGUAUUGACUUACAAUAUUUUUUAUAUUUUUUGUACAUUUUGAUUAAUUUGUUAACAAAGACAAAUGUUUAAUUUAUAAUUACUAAAUGUUAUAUAUUGAUAUUUCUUCUAUCAAAUACCAAAGAGUUUAUUAUAUUUUUUUUAUUUAUUUAUUUUUUUUUUCUUAGCUUAAAUGGACAAGAAUAUAAGUUCUGUCAUUAUUACCUAAUAAAUGGCUUAUAUUCCAUUUAAAUUAGGGAAGGCAAUGGUAUGCUUGAAUCAAAUUUUGUUCAUUGUGCUUUUAUAAUUUUAAUUGCGUGUGUUGAAAACAAUAUUUAAACAUUAAAACUGACUCCUAUUAAUAGACAAUUAUUUUUGAGAAAAAAACAAAACAAAAGCCGUUUUUAAUUAUUUGAUUUAUGUAUUUGUUAUUUAUUUUUGCUGUUCCAUUUGAAAUUAUUUUUUUACUGACGUACCACAAGUCAAAGAUUUUCUGGUUAAAAUAAUCUUGGCUGUGACCUUUUUAAACCUGUUAUUUUUCGUUUAUUUUUUACCUUGUGUAAAAUAUUUCAUAGCAUCAAAGACUGACUUAUUUAUUUAUACAAAAUAACUUCAGAAUAUUUUUUUUUUUAAUGUGUUACCAAUUGAUUUAUUGUAUAACGUCCAUUAGCAAACUUUAUUGUAUAUUGCAGCUUUAACAAUUUGCUAACUUGCUCUUUCCUUAUUUUCUUACAAGAUGAGACAGAUCAAUUAUUGAAAAUAACGUAAAACUAUGUGACUACAUGAUCUCAAUAUUAGUGCAUAGUUUUAAAAAAAGAUAUGUAAAUUUUUUUAAUGUAAUAAUCACAUUAGUUUCAUGGCUCUGUUUGAGUGUUUUUGGAUAUACACUGCCAAAUAUUGUUAUUAAAGAUGACUAAUCAUUCCAUUAUCUACAUUGUGCACAAUUGCAUUUAUAAUGGGCCAAAGUUUGUAACUAAGUGUCAAAUAUUCAUUAGUAGAUGACUUUUUUUUUAUUAAACUGAAUACUUACAUGCAGUAUUGUAAAUAAAGUUUUCCAAUUUGUAACGUGUGUAUCUUUGCUACUUGAAUUAAUAACAAAUAAGAAUAAACUGAUGCUAAAUGUU